CUCAACCUUCUAUGAAUAUGCUUGGAUACAGCUUGGAAACAGCACUACCAGCUCAAAGUCCAGUCAGUGUGAAAUCAGAGACACUUCAUGCAGCAGGAUGUUUGGAGAGGAGCUCAGACCCCGUGGUGCAUUCACUUACCUUAUGGUGCUCUCUAUGAUCCACUCAUGCAGAGGUCAGUCUGAUGUGGUUGGUCCAUCUCAACCAAUCGUAGCUCUCGUUGGUGCUGACAUCGUGUUGCCGUGUCAUCUUCAGCCCGCCAUCGAUGCCUCUGAUAUGACCGUGGAGUGGUCCAGGCCUGAUCUGGACCCCAGGUUCGUCCUGGUGUGGCGCGACGCCCAGGAUCUGCAGUCUAGAAAACACCCGUCCUUCCGCAGCAGGACGUCUCUGUUCACCCACGAACUGAAGCAGGGAAACAUCUCGCUGAAGCUGUCCUCAGUGAAACUUCCAGACCAGGGGACGUACAGGUGCUUCGCUCCAGAGCUGAACCGAGAUGCCACCGCUCAGCUUGUUGUAGGUGCUGCCUCCUCACCUGUAAUCCUGAUGUCCAGAGGAGGAGGAGGAGGAGUAGGAGGAGUGGUGUUACAGUGUGAAUCCAGAGGCUGGUAUCCAGAGCCUGAGGUGUUGUGGCUGGACACUGAGGAAAACUUGUUAUGUGCUGGACCUCCAGAGACAGUCAGAGGUCCUGAUCACCUCUAUACUGUCAGCAGCAGAGUGACUGUGGACAAGAGACACAACAACAGCUUCACCUGUAGAGUCCAACAGAACAACAUCCACCAGACCAGAGAGGCUCACAUACAUGUUCCAGAUGAUUUCUUCUUGUCCUCGUCCAGUUCUGCUGUUCCUCUCAUCACUGGUUUGGCCGUUAGCUUAGCUGUUAGCAUCAUGGUUAUUUUAGCAUGUGUCUUCUUUGUGUGGAGACAAAAUAGAACCAAAACCAAGAAAAGAUGCAGAGAUGAAGCUGAAAGAGGAGAAAAGCUCCUGACAGAGGAAACAGUGAAGAUGAAGGUUUUAGAAGAAACUAAAGAUCUGACAGAGAAAUAUGAGAAGAUUGAAGAAGAGUUGCAGAAAACCCAAGAAGAACUGAAGAUAAAGACUGAAGAGGUGGAGAAACCUGUAGCUGGAAAAACUAACUGGUGACAACAAGAAGCUUCAAGAGGAGAAACAUCAGAUGGAGACCAGAAACAAAGAGCUGAAGGAGAUAAAAGAUGAGGUGAAGAACAAACUAAUAGACAUGGAGAGAGAAGAACAAACUUUGUACAAAGUUUUGUAAUUGUAACAAUACAAAGCAUCAGUCAAAAUUACAAAGCAUUUUGUAAUUCAGUGUUUAUUUCAAAUGACAUAUGAAGCAAAAACUAUGUAUUUGAUAUCAAUAAGAAUAAAUGACAUAAAUGUCGAUUCCCUUCAAUAAAUAGUUGAGAAAAAAAACAUUGAAAUCCACUCAGAGGAAACAUCAUGAACAAGACUUGAUGACAUCUCAGAGAAACACUAAACAGAACUGAUCAGGAAUGAAAUCUGUCUUCAUCUCUUCUUUCUACCAGUUAAUGAAGCAGAUCAACCAACAUGAAGAGAAACAUCAGAGAGAAAUAAAGGAGCUGGAAACAGAGGUUCAUGUUGAAUC